UAGGUUUCUCAGUGCGGUUAUGCCCCAACUGAUUUCAUGAAACUGAAUUUAUUGUAAGUCUAAUCAUUGUGUUAGAAUCGUGCGAAUUCUUUUAUAUCUAUUAUCAUUCAUUUUUAAUUAAAAAAACCUCGUGUCAAAAUGGGAGUGCCGAAAUUUUUUCGGUAUAUAAGCGAAAGAUAUCCUUGUCUCAGCGAAUCAUUGAAGGAAUAUCAGAUUCCUGAAUUUGAUAAUCUUUACUUGGAUAUGAAUGGAAUCAUUCAUGUAUGUUCACAUCCUAACGAUGAAGACGUACACUUUCGUAUUAGCGAGGAGAAAAUUAUUAAAGACAUAUUUCACUAUAUAGAGAUAUUGUUCAGUAUAAUUAAACCACAGAAAUUGUUUUUUAUGGCUGUCGAUGGUGUUGCACCACGUGCUAAAAUGAAUCAGCAGAGGGGUCGCAGAUUUAGGAGCGCCAAAGAAGCUGAGACUGCUGAAGCUAGAGCUAAAGCAAGGGGUGAACAUUUACCACUGGAAGAACGGUUUGAUUCCAAUUGUAUCACACCAGGAACAGUCUUUAUGGCAAAGCUUCACGAACAAUUAAAGUAUUUUGUCUCAUACAAAAUUACAACAGACAAAUAUUGGCGUAAAUGCAAAGUUAUACUCAGUGGGCAUGAGACUCCAGGAGAAGGGGAGCAUAAGAUUAUGGAUUAUAUAAGAUACAUGAAAAGCAUGCCUGACUAUGAUAGUAACACAAGACAUUGCUUAUAUGGUCUCGAUGCAGACCUUAUCAUGUUGGGUUUGUGUACCCACGAACCACAUUUCUGCCUGCUUCGUGAGGAAGUAAAAUUUGGAAAAAAUGCAAAAAGAGCAACGACAGCAGAGGAAACAAAAUUUUGUAUUUUACAUUUAUCUAUAAUGCGAGACUAUCUGGAGCACGAGUUUUCAUCGCUGAAGACUAAAUUAAAGUUUCCAUUUGACCUUGAGAAGAUAAUCGACGACUGGGUCCUAAUGGGUUUCCUAGUGGGAAACGAUUUUAUUCCAAAUUUGCCAAAUUUGCAUAUUACAAAUGGUGCUCUGCCCGUACUGUAUAACGUCUAUAUUGAAUUAUUACCCACAUUAGACGGAUAUAUAAAUGAAGCAGGUACUCUGAAUAUGGAGCGUUUUGAAAAGUUUAUGGAAAAAUUAAGUUCUAUCGAUGUACAACAGUUUAACGAGCACAAUGCAAAUUUGAAAUAUUUUGAAGCUAAAACUGGUAGACGACCGAACGAGUAUGAGAGAACCAGUUAUAAGAAGCCAGAUAAUUCUCCAGAAGAGAAUACUACUCCAAAGAAAGCAUCAAACAAAGACUUGGAGGCUUUAAUAAAAUCUACUAAUGACAUGUUAUUAGGAUAUUCUGAUGAGGAUGAAUCCUUGGAAGUAGGUGAAGAUUCAGACAGCGAUACAUGUAACAUUGAAUUUGUACAGCAUAAAAGAGACUAUUACAUGAACAAGUUAGAAUAUGAAAAUGUUGACGAGGCUGUUUUACGUUCUCAAGCUGAGGGUUACGUAAGAGCAAUUCAGUGGAAUUUACAUUAUUAUUAUGACGGCUGCUGUAGUUGGUCUUGGUAUUAUCCGCAUCACUAUGCACCAUACAUCUCUGACAUAAAAGACUUUAAAGACUUGAAAUUAGAAUUCGAUUUAGGCACACCGUUUAAGCCUUUUGAGCAAUUGCUGGCUGUGCUGCCUGCAGCCAGUAGAAAGUUGCUGCCAGAGCCAUACCAAAAAUUAAUGAUUGAUGAGAAUUCGACGAUAAUUGAUUAUUAUCCUAAUGAUUUUAAAACUGACCUAAAUGGCAAAAAACAGGAAUGGGAGGCUGUUGUACUUAUCCCAUUCAUAGACGAGAAGAGACUCCUGAGCGCCAUGGAGUCAUGUAACAAGCUUUUAACUCCAGAGGAGCAAAAAAGGAACAGUCAUGGACCAAUGUGCAUUUAUUCAUAUGUUACACAAAGCAGGGGUGAAUAUUCCGCACCCGAAUAUUUCCCUACAUUUAUUAAUCAUGCAGACUGCACAUUAGUUUAUCGAGAGGACAUAACCGUCAGUAAGGAAAAUAUAGUGAAGGGAUUAUGUCCAGGUGUGACCCUGGGCACCCACUUCCCUGGUUUCCCGACACUCCAAUUUAUUAAACACACAAGCAUCCUAGAAAAAGCCAAGGUGAAAGUCUUCGAACAAUCAGCUAGAGGUGAAAGUAUUAUUUUGUGCAUAGACCCUGUAAAAGUACCAAAAAUUCAGGACUUUGCUAAUGAAUAUUUGGGAAAAAGUGUGUUCGUACACUGGCCACGUUUAACCGAGGCUCGCAUAGUAGCAGUAUCGGAUAACGAAACCAAAAUCGCUUUGCCAAAUUUUCAAGCGCGCAACAUGGGUAACGAAGCAGAUAUUAAACGGAUACAUAUUGGCGAAUACAGCGUGCAGAAGAAGCAUAUCGCUGAAACGUACAAAAUGCGAAUGGGAAUCGAAAUAGGAGAAACACAGCUACUGGUAUAUGCAUGUCCCAUUAUUGGUAGACGAUACGUUUUUGGUUCUCAGGGAAAAAUGACACUGGAAAAGCAAUGGAGCGAAUAUCCAUUGGCUUAUGCUUAUCAAUGUAUAGUGAAGGAUAUUCAAGUUUUUAAUCCAAGCUUUGUACAGUUUACAAAUGUCAAGGAUAUCUUCACCCCCAAGAGUAUUUGCAUCAUGUUAGGCCAUCCUCACUACGGUGCUAUGGGAGAGGUUAUUGAGCCAGGAAUGGAUUUAAAGACAGGUCGUGUCAAGGUGGCAAUGGCAAUUGAACAAGAACCGGAUUUGAACGAUUGUAGAAAAUCUUGGGCAGAGUCAAAAUUACGUUAUAUGGUCGGUAGCGUUGCUGCUCAACGAUUGGGCAUUAGUAGCCACCUACUUAGUAGAAUAACUGGAACCAUUUAUGUGAUGCAAGAAGCGAUGGGCGACCAAACUCCCAAAUUUAACAUAGGAUUGAAUCUGAAGUUCAGUAAAAGGAAUGAAGAGAUUCCUGGAUAUACUAAAAAAGAGAAUGGUCAGUGGCUCUACAGUAUUAAAUCUGUUGAAUUGAUACGCAGCUAUAUGCAGAAAUGUCCUGAUCUGUUUGAAAAGCUGGCGCAGAAUGUAAUGAAUGAUAUAUUUCAUGAGACUGAUCUCUUCCCUGAAGGGUCAGGAACACUGAACGAAAUCGUUGCCUGGUUAAAGGAACAACCGUAUUAUAGUGUUGAAAGUCGACCCUGUGGAACAGAAAGUUUAGACCAAGAACUUGUGAAAAAUAUUGAAAAGAUUCUGGAUUCUUCGACGGAGUCUCUAGGAAGCAAAACUCUGGUGAUGCAAGUAAAGCCGCACUUGCUUUAUAAGCCUGGCUUAAACUCAGGAUCUAUUGUACCAGAUUCUACAUCUCAACAUCAUCUCUGUGAUCGAAUAAUCGUCGUCCGGGAGAGUUUCACUGUGCCUCUUGGUAACAAAGGAAUCAUCGUGGGUCUGUACAAGGCUGAGAAACCUUCGGAUAACACGUAUGACGUCAUCUUUGAUAAACCAUUCGUAGGAGGUCUUAAGAUAUAUUCCUGCUCGCCAAAUCGAGGAUACAGAUUAUCCUCAACAGAUUUUAUAAACAUCAGCCAUGGUCUAAGAGUCGAGAACGUUAAAACUGGGAAGGGUAAUCCUGCCCCUGUGGAAACUACAUUGUCGUGGCGGCAAAAUUCAAACGCGCAAAAUCAAGCCCGUGCAAAUCAGUCGAGUGCUUUUGCGUCUUUCAACACUUAUGUUCCUCCUUGCUUCAAAGGAAAUCAGCAAACGGCACAACAGACGCAAUCAUCGGGACGCGUCAAUAAGAAAAUCAUGGAACAACCGUAUCAGAAAAAUUCAACAACGAAGAAGAAGAUCUUGCAGCCGUCUUCGUCACAGAAUACUCCCAGGACCCUACCCAACAGUAAUGCUCAACCUUCUGAGGUCGACCGUCCGAGUGUUCAGAAAUUAAGUUCCCAAUCAGCAACUGAAUAUCAAGCUGUAUGGAACGAGUUACAAAUGCUUCAGAAAUCAAAUGACGUCUCACUUAAACCUGAUCUCAUUCAAAAGCCUCAAUUACAUCCACCUGCUGGUACUAAUACAAACUUGUCUCAAGAUCAAAGUGCAUUUUUGAAAGCUGUGCUUAAAAUCAGUGAUGAGAACUCGCGAAACAGUAGUCCUGCACAGUCAGUCACAAAACCAAGUAAGCCUGCCUUCCCGCCACCGCCUAAAACGUCAGAUGCUCCGCCAUUAGUUCAACAGUUAUUCGACCAGGCUCGUGCCGCUGGGAACAAGAAGACCGAGGUGUCUUAUUGCUCUCAAUUACUGACGUAUUUCCAAGUACGUAGUAUGGGAAUGCCUCGUUACAAUUACGUCACGAACAAAGAGACUCAUCUUAUAUUCGCUCAAAUUAUUCUACCUGACAUGAGAGUGUUCACAGGUGAAUUAUGUCCAACCAGUGAACUCGCUGCUGAGACUGCUGCCCUGAAAGUCAUCACAGAGUUAGAGCUAGACAAGUUCCCAAAACCCAAUAUGAAUAUCUUAGCAGCGCCUCCACGACAAUGGUACACUAACAGUCGGCCGAUGAGUGUCCGACCACCGAAUGUAAGACCAAUGGUGUCGCCUUAUGGCUCACCACAAAUUCCAGCAAAUGCACAAAAUCCCUUCAUGCCAGGAUUCACAUGGAAUCCUAAAAUGCUCCAGAAUCCAGGUUAUCUGCCAAUGCCACCCCAUCCCCAGACUAGGCCGCAACAGAGACCUCCUCAUCCAGCGCCUUCAUCACCAAGCUCGUCCAUGAACUGGAGAAGUGAGAGUAAGCAGGAACAAAAGAAAAUAGCGCCAUUUGUACCACUGCAGGCACAAAAGCUAACUAGAAUCCAUCAAAAGAGCGCUCCAAAAGGAUCAGCACAGGUCAAUAAAGAUUCUGGGUCCAAGGUACAAGACGAUAAGAAACAUAAGGAAUCAUCUGCGAAGGAACCAAAGGAGGAAAAAGUGAGCAAUAACGAACGCAAGGAAGCGCAUGCGCAAAAGACUCCACAGAAUCAGCACAAGUCGCAGAAAUCCGGAAAGGAGAGAAGAUCGCGAAUCGCUGCUAAUUUUGGUACACCUCCGUCAAGUAACGGUGGCGGUCCACAGUAAAUUGUGUUUAUAAGAAUAAAAGAAAGUUCUGAAAUUUGCCUAAAGACAGUAGAUAUGCGCUGCCGACUAUGGAAAUUAUCCAUUAUUUUUUACUCUUUUUUCUUUUUUUUAUUUAAAAAAGAACGUUCGUCGCACUCCUAAUUAUUUAGUUGAGAUUAAAUGUUCAGACUCCGCGGUACUGAUGAAAAAAAUCUAAUUUUAAUUACAACUAAGUAGGCGGACAUACAAAAUAAUUACAUAUUUUAUCUCUUCUGUUUUUCUAGGUAUAUAAUGAAUGUUAUUUUGUUGCGAUAACAGUCAUAUUUAUUUAGUUUGUUUUUCCUUGAACAAGAUAAUGCAUAUUGAACUGCAAUGCGACGAACAUAAAUUUAAGGGAGGGUCGCUUCUAUUUUUGUAAAAAAAAAAUAUUAACAUUGCGUUCUUUAUAAGAUUUCAUGCUACAAUUUGUCUUGAGAGUAUUACGAGUUUGGUUAACUGUUUCAAUCAAAUGCGAUACAUCAUGAACAGAUACGAUAUUCUUGGUUAUGUGAUAAACCUAUAAAAUAAUACGAAUUAGUGUAUCCAUACUAAUUAUUAGAUGCUUAAAAGUAGUCAUUAGUAAUUGAUACUUCUUGAGAAAAUAGAGAUCAAAGGAAUUCGUAUCUGUUGACCCUGAUAUCUAUAUUCGCAUGGCUCAGUGUAUAUUUACCACUAAAAUGUAUAGAGCAUCGUCCGUUAUCAUGGGCAUAGAAAGCUGUAUUUGUUUUUCUUUUAUUUUUCUCAAAUGAAUUUUCGUACCAAACC